CAUCGCUCGCUACGCUAGCUGCCAUCGCCGUCCCUAUUCCUAUGCUGUGAAAAUAGACAGAAAUUUGAGAAAAUCUGAAAAUUUAGUGACGUUUUUAUGAAUAAUGAGAUAAAAUUUCCUCAUCUUUUGAUCCGAGGGUCUUUUUAGUUAGUUGCAGUACUGAAUGCAACUAUAGAUGGAUGAUCAGAAUGAUGCUCCCUCAAAAUAGAAUUCAGCUUACCGAUCUUUCCCUUCAAAGCUAAGAUAUCUUUUGAUCUUAAAAAUGGAGUUGAAAGUUUGGGUUGAAGGAAUUCAAAGAAUUGUUUGCGGUGUCACAGAUACCACGACUUGUCAGGAUGUAGUUUAUGCUUUGGCCCAUGCCACAGGCAAGACUGGUCGAUUUACACUUAUCGAACGAUGGAGGAAUAACGAACGACUGCUUGCCCCUCAGGAACAUCCAUUAAAAGUUUUAACAAAAUGGGGUGAAUACUCCAAUGAUGUUCAGUUCAUAUUGCAACGGUCAGGCAACAGCAAUCAACGUCCUAGUCCUUUGUCAGGAAAGAAUUCUGCAUCCCCUCCCCCCAGCCCCAAUGAUCAGCCUCCAGAACGCAACAAGGAUAUCCGCAAGUCUUUGACAUUUAGUGGCUGCGGAGGCGGAGGCCGGGAAGUUAAGCGAGGCGACAACGUCGGAGUGGUGAGAGGCGUCCCACAGAAUCUGGAGGUCAAGAACUCGUCUACAGAUCAAUCUAUAUCUAGUCAAAUGAUACAAAACAGCAACAACAUGUCAAACGAGACACGCAAAGAAGCCCCGCCAUACAGAGAACCGCCGGGGCCCCAGCGGGCUCUGCCCCCGUACAGGGAUCCCCCACCUCCCCCUUCAACUGCACCUGCCUCUGACAUCAGCAAACUUAAACCAAAGAGAAGUCUGCUCAAGGAGUUUGACAGUCCUGGAGACAGUGUGUACAACACACAGUACCGAGACAUGAUCCGCCUAGUCAACUAUCAACGGGAAAAGCUGUCGGCGCAGCAGGCGGAGUUGACCAAGUACGACGCAGAGAUCGUCUUCUGGGAGGCCAAAACUCGGGAACAGCAGCAUCAGAUUGAGUUCAUGGCGCAGGAAAUCACUCGUAUUGAAGCCCACAGUCGCCUCACAGAGGACCAGAUUCGUGCGCUAGGACCUGUCGAAGAGGAGAACGAUAUUGUCCACCAGCAAGAAAAAACCCUCAAGUCUGAAAUAUCCUUGUUGCGAUCCAAGCUAGCGAACUGUGAAACCGAACUGUUACAGUGUAAAAAUAAAAUAAGGUUGCUGAUAGAGGAGGUACAGUUGGAGGAGAGAGCCAGUGACUUGCAGCACAGUCUGUUGGCUGAGAUAGAGCGACUACAGAAUGAGGUGGAGGCGGCCAAGCAGGGUGCGGAGAUGGUGUGUCAUACUGCGGACAGUCUGCGCAACGAGGUGGUAAGCCUGGAAGCAGCCAUAGCAGACAAGAAGCGACAAGUAGAGCGGUUGGUAGCAGACAUGAAGGAAGCUAACCUACAAAGUUUGGCCGUGGCACCACCUGAGGACUACAAGUUGCUCAUUGAAGGUCCCCACAAGCCAGGUAGCACAAGGAAGAUGAUCGGGUCACCUCGGCAGCUGGAGAACGCAGUCCCAACAAGCAAGAACCCGCACGGAGUGUGGGUCUGAUUGUACAACUGUGUUGUCUACGCUCUGCAGUACUUCACUGGCGUGUUGGUCAACAUGAAGGAUCUCGUUAGUAUAAAGUAUUGACUGUAAAUACUUGCGGAUUGUGGACUAUCAAGUGGUUUGCCUAGUAUUUUUUCUGUUUUUGGCACUUUUGAAGUUAGGAAACAGAUUAAUUGUGUGAUUGAUCACACCGUAAAUUCCUAAGCGAGCAAUAGCAAAAUCAUCGGUACUGUACUUAGAUUGCCAACUUAUAGGUGUUCAGUUUACUGGUUAGAGUGUGGAACUUCUGUCCUUCUUGUGUUCUGGGAUCAAAUCCUACUGUUACUGAUGGCUUUUAGCUGUAUGAUAAUAGUGUGACCUAAUGGAAAUACUUGAUUUUAAUCCGUGUAAAAAGGCACCCUUGGCGACUUGAUUGGGAAAACCAAGUUUUGCUGCUGGGAAAAACGGAAAAAUGUGAAUGUUUUCUAGGAGGUAUGUGGCCACCCUGUCUACAAGGCACCCAAGCAAUUAACUGCAAUAUUUUACGUAACAGCUUUCAUAGAAGUAACGUAUGUAGAUUACUUCUUUAUGUUUUACAUUUGAUUGUUAAUGUUUUACUUUAUUCGUUUAUUCAUUUUAUAACAUUGUCUUAGUUACACAAUCUGCAAGUAUUUAUCUGUUGUAGAAGAAAAUUAUUUUAAUAUUAACAAGAAAGAUAUUACUUUAUGAAGCUAUGACAAUUGUAACACUUAUAUUAGUAGUUCUUACCAAAGUAUUAACUUUGGAGAGAACUCAAGUUUUUCGGAAGGUGAAAAAUAUUUGUCAAUCCCUGUAAAUUAGCUGGAAAGAUUAUUCUCAAGCUAGUCUCUGUAUUUAAUACAGCUGAAGAAGUCCCGAUAUAUGAAACCAACUUUAAUACCCUAUUUAUUAAGAUUUUAAAAUUUAAUUUAAUUGCCUUAUAUACACCUGUGAUGUCAUGAUACUACACAUUAAAAAUAUAAUGCAGUUGUUGAGUUGUGACAAGUGUUGACAUUUUCAACGUUUUUAAAUCACAACUCUAACCAAAAGGUAUUCAGGAGCUGUUUCAUUUUGGCACUAGCACAUCACAUAGAAUACGGUAUGUAAAUAUUUGUGUUGUUAUGGUAGACGUAUGUAUACAUAGUUAUAUUUUGUUAAGGUUUCUUCACAAAUGUGGUUGAUCCACAACAAUGUGUGUAGCUUUGAUUUCAGACAGGUAUCUUUUGGUUUUUCUUUGAAUCAAAUAACUGUAGGGUGAGUGUACCCGCUGUGUACACCAUUUUGGAAUGACCAUUUUGUUUAGAAAACAUCAUAUUAAACAUUUUUUCUAGUCUAUCACAAACAGUCUUGAAAAGUAACUUUUUAACCUGAUUGGGAUCUGGUUAAAGCUUGAACUGGAUAAAAAAAAUGUGGUUAUUAUCCGUUUGUAACACAAACAAAAUUAAGUGUUCCAACCAGUUAAUUCAUGCUUCCCACUUGUGACCCAUGUGAUAUUUUUAUUUGAUUCACGUAAUGCUGCAAAAUAAUUCGUAAAUAAAGAAUUUCUCUCUCUCAAAUUUCUCUCUCACUAUAGAAGCUUCAACGUGAGAAUCUUCUUAAGGAUGAUCAAAUUAUAAAAUUUUAAUAUUAUAGGCGGUUGUUAACUGGUGUAAUGAUUUAUAUGAGAUGAAUUAUAUUGUUCAACUCUCUGUUUGAACAUAAUACAUUAAGUUUUAUCACAAAAAAGUACUGGAGAAUUUGGGCAAGUUGUUAAACUCAAGUUUACGUUGUAGCAUAAUAACCUGUUUUCCUAUGUCCGAUACUGGUUGAAACUCAAGAUUAAGCGGUCAUUCGCUGAUGCACUCACUCUACCAUUCCCGUGUUAAUUUUCCCAUUAAUGUUUUGUAUCAAACAAUUUGGAUUUGAAAAAAAGUGGAGUGCUGCUAUCUCAGGGUCAGGGAAACACAAUCAAUUUUGCUUGGUUCUAUUUUCUUAAAGGCACAUUACAAAACACAAAACCAACAGUCAUAUUUAUUUUUUAACAUUUUCUGCAGUGCGUACAGUGUAAAAUAUCAAUUGCUUCAAUGUUGGAAAGAGACAAGAAUGGCACUAAGUAACACAGACCCUUGUUAGAUUGGACUCCUUGCUGGCACUAAACUCAAUAUGAUUAGUUUCUUGAAAAGAAAAAAACACACAUUACGGAUCUUGGCACUGUAUGAAGGUUAAGUCAAGAGACAUAAAAGGUUACAACCUGUUGAUCCUAUAGAAUCAAAAUGCAUUAUUUUCAAUCUGCUAAGAGUCUCUAAUUUUAAUUUUACCAGAACAGAAUUUGGAGUUUAAAUCAGCUGUCGCAGCGAACAUGUUAAAAUAAAUCAUAUCUUUAACCUACAUUGUAGAGUGAAAAUGUAGAAUUGGGCUUCCAUAUUACAGUAGACAUACAAUUGACCUAUUCUGUGAAACUCUGUAGCAUUAAUACUGAGACCAAUUAGUUUAGAAACUAUACUGUGGUGAUAGAUGGAACUAUAUGAUUUAGAAUGUACAAUUUCAAACUGUAUUCAUCUACAUAAAUCCUGACUUUGUAGCGACAACUGUUGUAGUAAGGAAACACCAAUAUCACAAUCAAUGUAAAUGAUGAUAUAGUUUCUGGUACCGUAUAUAAUUUUUAAAUAUGGAAUAUUAAUUACUACUUUUUUUAGGAUUUUUUGAGAGGAUAGCAGGCUUACCUGAAUGGGAAAGAGUCCAAACUGGCACAGGUUGGACUCUGGCACAGGUCCUGUGCCAGUUUGGACUCUAUCCCAUUCAGGUAAGCCUGCUAUCCUCUCAAAAAUCCUAAAAAAUCUAGGCCCUUGUGCUCUAUGCUACACCCUUAAUUACUACUUUUGUUAUAAAAAGCGUUGGCUUUUUAAAUUCUUAUGUCAAUUUGUUAAAAACAUUCGUACAAUUCCCACGAUUUUGGAUUUUUUUUACCUGCUAUGAGAUUUUGUCAGCUGCAUCUUUGCAUUUUUUAUUUUAACAGAUCAGGGAUGCAUUUAACUAUUAUGUCUGAAUAUAUUUUUAUAACCGAAUGUUGGUAACUGUUUACCAUUGGUGUUUAUUUCGGUGCAUCUUCAGUUCGCUUUGUGCCAUGCAUUUACGUAUUUUCUCAUGUACGAUACUUUUCUGUGUUCAGCCAUGUACUCAAUUUUUCACAUAGAUUUUAUUAUAGUUGCAUUACUGUUAUAUAUUAGAGAUAUUUAUAAUCUUAGAUUUAGUGCUAUGUUAUCUACAUUAUUUAUUUUUUGUAUUUCUAUUUAAACACAUAGUUUUGUUGUGCCUACCAAGUUUUUUAUUAGCCAAUGAGAGAGGAAGUUUUGUUGUUAAAUAUAAUUUAUUACCACA